AGAGCAGGCGAAUUUUUAACACCAGAGGGUGUCGUAGGAAUUGCGCGGCAAAAUAGAGUAGGGAGGCAUGCAAACAAAGUGAUUACUGUAUCUCCUCGUAUUUAAGUAAGAAGGAAAAGAAAAAUGAAGUGUUACAUUCCUCAGAUAUCUUGGCAUAACCGAGAUCCCGUUCUUAGCAUAGAUUUUCAGAUGUGUCAAGAUGAAAUUCGUCGAUUGGCAACUGCAGGAACGGAUGCACAUAUACUCAUAUGGUUUGUUACUUUAAACUCAAAUGGAAGUACAAGCCUUGAAUUUGCAGCUGAUUUGUUUCGUCACACUAAAGCAGUUAAUAUUGUUAGGUUUUCUCCAAAUGGUGAAUUACUUGCAUCUGGAGAUGAUGAAGCCAAUAUAAUAUUGUGGAAACAACAAAAAGAUGACAGUUUCAGUUAUAUAGAAGAAACUAAUCAAGAUAAAGAACAUUGGACAGCACUGAAAAUUUUAAGAGGACAUCUUGAUGAUGUCUGUGAUCUGAGUUGGUCAGCUAACAGUAACUUUUUGAUAUCAGGCUCUGUUGAUAAUACUGCCAUUCUUUGGGAUGUUCAGAAAGGUAAAAACGUUGGGCUGUUGACAGAUCCUAAAGGUUUUGUACAGGGAGUUACGUGGGAUCCUGUUCAUCAAUACAUUGCUACAAUAAGUUCUGAUAGGGCAAUGCGUAUUUAUAAUCUGAAUAAUAAGCGUGUAAUGUAUAAAGUUCAGAAGACUGUAAUUCCCUCUGAGAAGAAUAAGGGAUCAAAUAAAUCAACACGAAUGUUCUAUGAUGACACAUUGAAAUCAUUUUGUAGGCGUCUUACUUUUUCUCCAGAUGGGGAAUUACUAAUUGUACCUUCAGGUAUAGUUGAGCAAGAUGAUGGAAAAUUUAUUAACACCACUUAUGUAUUUUCACGUCUUUCGUUGAACAAACCUGUUAUGCAUCUUCCGACUGGUGAUAAGUAUACCGUUGCUGUUCGUUGUUGCCCUAUUUAUUUUGAAUUAGUAUCACAAAAUGAUAAUAGCCAAGAAACUGAUGAUAAACCAUGGAUAAAAAAUAAAUCUGUUUGGAGGGCUACCACAUCUACAGGCAAUGUUUGGAGAGCAAAAAUAUUAACACACAACUAUUCAUAUGAUUUUAGGACUUUUUUGAACAUUCAAACUCAGUUACCUCAGAGAUGUAAUUCUGAGGGUUUAUACAAUAAUGAAAGAAUAGUGUUGGAAUAUUUCUUUCCAAAAAGUAGAAAACCAGAAGCCAAUAUAAUAUUGUGGAAACAACAAAAAGAUGACAGUUUCAGUUAUAUAGAAGAAACUAAUCAAGAUAAAGAACAUUGGACAGCACUGAAAAUUUUAAGAGGACAUCUUGAUGAUGUCUGUGAUCUGAGUUGGUCAGCUAACAGUAACUUUUUGAUAUCAGGCUCUGUUGAUAAUACUGCCAUUCUUUGGGAUGUUCAGAAAGGUAAAAACGUUGGGCUGUUGACAGAUCCUAAAGGUUUUGUACAGGGAGUUACGUGGGAUCCUGUUCAUCAAUACAUUGCUACAAUAAGUUCUGAUAGGGCAAUGCGUAUUUAUAAUCUGAAUAAUAAGCGUGUAAUGUAUAAAGUUCAGAAGACUGUAAUUCCCUCUGAGAAGAAUAAGGGAUCAAAUAAAUCAACACGAAUGUUCUAUGAUGACACAUUGAAAUCAUUUUGUAGGCGUCUUACUUUUUCUCCAGAUGGGGAAUUACUAAUUGUACCUUCAGGUAUAGUUGAGCAAGAUGAUGGAAAAUUUAUUAACACCACUUAUGUAUUUUCACGUCUUUCGUUGAACAAACCUGUUAUGCAUCUUCCGACUGGUGAUAAGUAUACCGUUGCUGUUCGUUGUUGCCCUAUUUAUUUUGAAUUAGUAUCACAAAAUGAUAAUAGCCAAGAAACUGAUGAUAAACCAUGGAUAAAAAAUAAAUCUGUUUGGAGUUUGCCUUAUCGCUUGGUAUUUGCAGUUGCCACAAAAGAUUCUGUCUUGCUGUACGAUACUCAGCAUACUUUACCUUUAGCUCAUGUAACUAAAAUUCAUUAUACUCAUCUGACUGAUCUCGCUUGGUCUCAUGAUGGAAGAUGUUUAAUAAUAUCCUCAACUGAUGGUUAUUGUUCCUUUAUUACUUUUGCCAAGGAUGAACUUGGAAUUCCAUAUACAAAAAAAUCCAGCAAUGAGGAAAACUUGUCAUCAGAAGCAAAAACAGAUUUGGCUGAACAGUUAGAAGAAAUAAUAAAUAUUGAAGAAAAGUGUAAAGAUAUAAAAAUUAAUUCCCAGUUAAAUUGUUCAACUCCUUACGCAACAUCCAAAAAGGGAAAAUGUCUAGAAGAUUAUUGGAAAAAUACUAAAGAAGAACAAGAACAGUGGAAAUUAGUAAUGGAACCAUCAAACACUUCACCUGUUAAAUCUACAUGCACAUGUGAUGAACCAAUAGUUAUUGAUUCUGAAGGUGAAGAUAAGAAACUCUCUGCAAAGACACUUGUUUUAGUUGAAAAGUUUGAAGAAAAUGUGCAUAAGCAGCCAACUAGUAGCCAGUUAGAGAUCAAAAUGGUUACAAUACCGCCAGCAUUGCAGACAGAAAAUAAGGAUGCAGAAUCGAGUAAUACAUUGCUCAAAUCACCAAAAUUAGAAAAUAAAGAAACAUGCCCUAAAUUAUCAAACAGCACACCAUUUGAUACACCAAAGUUUAAUCCAGCUCCAGCCCAUACAUCUCCUAAAAUAAGGAGUCAAAAACCUGGAAGAAGAAUCCAGUUGAUUACAUUAUCAGCUCCAAAGAAAAAAAAUUAAAAUGCAUUUAGAAUAUCACUUUUAAAAAAGUUGUGAUUGCUAUAAGUAACAUAUUGAUAUUAGUGUGUAUAGUUACAAAAAGUGAUCAUUCCAAUGAGAUAGAAGAUAAAAAUGGUAUGCUGAAUAUGCACUUUUUUAUAUUUUAAUGUAAAUUAUAUAUAAUGUUAAGAUUUCAGGAAAAGAUUUUAAAAUCAGUCUAUUAUAUUAAUAUAGAUCUGAUAUCUAAUAGUUAUGUUUUUUUUUCCCACAGAAUU